GGGAGCCGAUGCGGCGGCGGCGGCGGCGGAGGUGGAGGUGGCGGCCGCCGUGUCCUCGGGGCCGCUGACCCCCGCCGGGUUCAGGGCAAAUCUGAUGGUCGGAAGUGGCCCUGGUCCCCACGAAGAUGGUUAUAAACCUCUGCCUCCCUCAGUUCAGGCCCAGGAUCCACUGCAACAAGAUUUCAGCGGAUGGCUACGAGGUGGAAAACCUCAUCUCCGAAGACCUGACCAAGAGGAGCCGAGGUUUCCGGGCUGAGUAUUUCAUCAAGCCCCCGGUGCACAUCACCAUCUCCUUCCCCUUUGGCGUGGAAGUCUGCAGGGUCAACGUGGACCUGGCGGCUGGAGGGCCCCACGGCACCACCGGGCUGGACAUCUACACGUCCACCUCGUCCGGCCGGAGUUCCUGGGGCCGGGGUGAGUCACAGCCUCCCGGGGGCCCCGAGAAAGAGGGGUUCACCCUGGUGGGGAAGGCCCUGCUGAAGAGCCAGAGCAGGGUGACGUUCAGCCACCGGGGUUUUAAGGCCAGGCCUCCCUUCCAGCUCCCCGAAGCGGAGACCUCUUACCCUGGGGCAGUGUCUCAAGAGCUCUGGAACCGGGGCCUCUCGUCUCUGCACCAGGUGACCCACGUGAAGCUCUGCAUCACCCACGUGGUGGGUGGGGGUUGCCCCUGCGUCAAGAGAGUGGAAGUGUGGGGCCAACCAGCUCGGUCCUGCCCCCACGAGGUCCUGGCCAGCGUCCUGUCGGUGGCUUCCCAGAGUCCCCUUCGGGGCCCGGCGCCCAUGGAGAGCGACUGCGGGCCCCCCGCUGACUCUGAGGCGGACCGGCCCCCGGGCCUCCGGGAGCUGGCAGGCGCGGUCCCGGACGUGCCUGAGGAGUUCCUCGACCCCAUCACCCUGGAGAUCAUGCCCUUCCCCAUGCUGCUGCCGUCGGGCAAGGUCAUCGACCGGAGCACCUUGGAGAAGUGUAACCGGAGCGAGGCCACCUGGGGCCGUGUGCCCAGUGACCCUUUCACCGGCGUGGCCUUCGGCCACCAGUCCCAGCCUCUGCCUCACCCAGCCCUGAAGGCCAGGAUAGACCACUUCCUGCUGCAGCACAGGGUCCCAGGCUGCCACCUCCUGGGGCGGGCGCAGGAGCCGGGCCUGGUGGCCCCCUCCUCCUCUGUCGUACCGCUUUCUCUGAAGCGGAAACUGGGCUGCCUGGAGGCCCCCACACUCGGGGACCCUCCCGUGAUUCCCUCUUGUUCCGUCCCACCCGCCAGGGCUAAAAAAUUGAAGGCCGACAGCGAGCCCAGCCUCACGCACAUGGACUGCUCCACAGGUUCCGUGUCUCAUGAGCAGAGGCUUUCGGAGAGUUUGGACACCGCCUUGAUGUCCGCCCUCAGCUCCAUGCCCUCGUUCACCACGCGGCUGGCCAAGGGGCUGCCCCCCGGCUCCAGCGAGGGGAGCAGCAGUUCGUGGGGGGCGAACCCUGCACCUGAGCUGACCCAGAGCAACACAGGCCACGGAUGCGCGGCCUGCGGAAGAACGUUCUCCCCGUAUUUCAAGACGGAGCCAGUCUACCAGCUGCCCUGCGGGCACCUCACGUGCCGCCCCUGCCUCGCCGAGAGGCAGGGGGCGCAGUCCGUGCUGUGCGCCAGCUGUAAAAGGUCAGUGGCCAGCCAGGACGUGCUGAGAGUCCACUUCUAACUGGCCUGCCUCGCCCAAGCGAACGGCCAGUGACCAAAGGAGCCCAGAAGAGGAGGGCGAAGGAGCUAGUCACGUAUCUCCACCUGGGCCUGUCCGUCGACAGCCGGGCAGAUGGGGGACUGAGGGAUGGGGUUUUGAGCAGUUAGCACCGGGCUCCCCAGGAGUGAGGGGGGCAGGGAGGGCAGAAGCUUGCCAGCCGAAGCAGGAAAGGAAAACAAGCCAUACGCUUCCCCCCAAGGAGAAGUGAAUCUGAGCGGACUCUCUUCCCUUCAGCCCAGCCUAGCAUCUGGCACUGCGCCAGCCUUCCUACCACCUGGUGGUCAGAGCCGGGCACCGUGGUUCCCCUGAGCCAGCCCCCCACCUGUCUGCCCCCCAUCCCUCGGAACCAUUCCCCCCACCAAAUGAUGAACGUCAGGGACUUUCGGGGCAAUAAAGUCAUGGUCAAAGUC